AUGGGAAACGCGACGAGCAAAGAAGAGAAAGAAGAAUCGAUUCUUCGUAAUCCUCAGGAAGGUAAAGCUUCCAGCUUUUACUGGGCAUGUCGACAUGGUGAUCUCGAUUCAGUUAAACAUAUUUUUUCAUCAUCGAAAUUCAACGAUAUUAAUUGUCUAGAGCUGAAUGGAAGUACUGGUUUACAUGCAGCUUCAUAUAAUGGUCAUGUCCAUGUUGUUCAAUUUCUUCUUCAAAAUGGAAUUUUUCGACAUCAAAGAAAUCGUUAUGGUCUUACUGCAUACGAAGAGGCAAAAAAUGACGAGAUUCGUGAACUGUUUCAUCGACCAACUGGUUCGCAACGUUUUGCUACAGAUACAGCAGAUGAUACUCGACAACUAUUUGAUACACAUGUUGAGCAGUCGACAGACAACAAUGAGACACCAGAGGACAAUUGGAUCGGUGGAGCAAGUGACGAAACUUCAAUUGGUGGUGAUGAGCUAUUUGAUGUUGAAGAUCUGUAA